ACCUUUUUAUCAACAAAAAUUGUCAAGGUUUUUACUUAUCAUCAUUUCCCUGGCUUCAUUCAAACCAAGCCGGGUUAAGGUAAAGUGAAUUAAGUGAGAGUAACAACAAUUUACCUGAUUUUUUUGUACUAUGCGAAAAUAUAUUAGAAACAAUUUAAUUUUAACCAUCUACAAUUAACUCACCUCAUCAUCUUGACCUUAAACUGAAAGAUAAAUAGUGUUACACUUUCAACGAAACUAAAUUGAUCAAAAUUGUUCAUCAAUCAACAUUCAACAAUUAGUAUUAAACCAACAGAAAAAAAGUAACGUUAAUUGUGUUCAUUGAAAAUUGUGAGUGUGUUUUUGGUUAUUGAGACUCAAUGUUUGGAUAAAAACAGAUAAUCAAUCAAAAGGAUUAACAAAAUCUUAACCAACAACAGCAAUUAAAGUUAGAAGUGUUUAUUAUCCCAUUUCCCUAAUCCUUAAUCACCUUCUCCUCUUUAACCGAUACUUUCCCAUUGGAAGAUUUUGUUUAUAUAAAUCCAACAACUGAUAAUCGAUUGAUAAUUAAUCAAAUGGAUUAAAUGAUAAAAGCAUUUGGACUAAUCAUCUUUCAUGAGAUCGUCGUUAAUUGCUGACAUAUUAACUUUAAUCAAGGAAAACAAUGAUCAAUAGAUGAUGAAAGAUAAUCAAGUUAACAAUUCAGUGAUUAAGGAUUAAUAUUAAUCUUGAUUAAUGUAAUCAAAUCAAAAUGUAAAACUGGACCAAAGGGGAAAUGGGUUUUGUUGCUUUUCUAGUUUUCAAAUUAAAUAUUUAACUGGAUCAAAUUAAAACAUAUAAACAGUUAAUUGGAUUUUAAUUGUUGAUCAACUGGCAAUUUAUAAAUACAUUGAAUCAUUUGAUUGCCUUAAUACCUUUAAAUUGAAACAAAAAAUGCUGAUCAUUGAUAAUUAACUCAAUUGUUAAAAGUUAAGUUUAACCAAUCAAGAGUAAAAUUUAGUUAAUCAAUUGUUGGAUUAUAAUAACAAAAAAAAUAUAUUAAAUCAGUUAAAGGAGUUAAUUGUUAACCAUUACGAUCAUCAUUAAGUUUUCAAGCUUAUAUAAAAUGGAUAUCAAUUGUUAUUGGAUUAACUUAAAUCAUCAGAUCAACAAUUUAAUUGUGGUUCAAUCAUCAAAAAUAAUCAUCACCAAUUUGGAUUGAUUAAUUCAACUCAUCAGAAAAAUAAACAAACAAAGUUCAUCCAUCAAACUUUAAAUCUCAUUUGACUUUUGUUUAACUAAACUAAUCAGUGGAAAUUAAGUUAAAUUGUGACUAAUUAAUUGUGUAAAGAUUAAGAUUAACGUGUGUGUGUGUGUGGCCACGGGUUAAAUUGUUAAUCCCGAGGUUUCAAUUGCAAUUAAAAGAUCCAGAUGAAAUAUGAACUUGGAUGCAGAGAACCGGGUAGUGCUCAAUGUUGGAGGAAUAAGACACGAGACUUACAAGGCGACUCUGAAAAAAAUUCCUGCAACCCGGUUAUCCAGAUUAACGGAUGCCUUAGCCAAUUAUGAUCCAGUUUUAAAUGAAUACUUUUUUGAUCGUCACCCAGGAGUCUUUGGUCAGAUUCUGAAUUAUUAUCGAACAGGAAAACUUCAUUACCCAACGGACGUUUGUGGACCAUUGUUUGAAGAGGAACUUGAAUUUUGGGGAUUAGAUUCAAAUCAGGUUGAACCUUGUUGCUGGAUGACUUAUACUUCACAUAGAGAUACUCAAGAUACAUUAGCGGUUUUGGAUCGACUUGACCUGGACACGGAUAAACCAACGGACGAAGAGAUUGCGGCCAAAUUUGGAUUCGAAGACGAUUAUCUUAAUGGUACAAUGAGCUGGUGGCAGCGGGUCAAGCCAAAGAUAUGGUCACUUUUUGACGAACCUUAUUCAUCAUUUCCAGCAAAGGUCAUUGGAAUUGCUUCCGUUCUGUUCAUUUGUGUUUCUAUUUUAUCGUUUUGUCUUAAAACUCAUCCCAACAUGAGAGUACCCGUUUUCCACAAUAUUACAGUUCGAACCUCAGUUAAUACGGAAGCCUGGGUACUCGAUAAACACCAUACCAACCCACAUGAUGCCUUCUUCUACAUAGAAUGUGUUUGCAAUGCUUGGUUUACAAUCGAGAUUUUGGUUCGAUUUUUUUCCGCUCCUUCUAAAUUGGACUUUUCCCAUGGGGCGAUUAACAUUAUCGAUUUCACUGCAACCCUUUCAUUUUAUCUCGACCUUGCACUUCAAAAUUUUGCCUCUCACCUUGAUAAUGCGGAUAUACUUGAAUUUUUUUCAAUCAUUCGUAUCAUGAGGCUAUUCAAGUUAACCCGUCACUCGGCGGGAUUGAAAAUUUUAAUACAAACCUUUAAGGCUUCCGCCGGUGAGCUGCUUUUACUUGUUUUCUUCCUGGUUCUGGGUAUUGUUAUCUUUGCCUCUCUUGUAUAUUAUGCUGAAAGGAUACAAGAUAAUCCGGAUAAUGAUUUUAAUUCAAUACCUCUUGGACUUUGGUGGGCACUGGUCACCAUGACAACCGUUGGUUAUGGUGACAUGGCUCCCAAAACUUAUGCUGGCAUGUUUGUUGGUGCUCUUUGUGCCAUUGCCGGUGUACUUACUAUUGCGCUUCCGGUUCCCGUUAUUGUCUCAAAUUUUGCAAUGUUUUACUCUCACACUCAAGCCAGAGCCAAAUUACCAAAGAAACGCCGCCGUAUACUGCCCAUUGAACAACCCCGUGCGGCUCGGUUUCCUGAAAGACGUCCAGGAACCGGUGGUGGGCCUGGUGGACCCGGGGGAGUAGGAGGAGGAAGUGGAAUGGGCAGUGGCGGUAGAUCAGGAGCAAGUAGUGAACAUCAUACCAAAAGUGCCAGUAGAGAGGGUGGAGGUCAUACCAUGGGUGGUAUUAAUAGAUUAAGAGGACGAAGUGGUACUACAACAAAUGAUGAUUCAGAUCGAAUCGGUGGUAACGGUAAAAUGGGCUCAACUCGUGAUCCAGCCACAAGAUUAGGUAACAAUCGUUUCAACUUUGAUCCAGCUCCAGUUAACCAAAGGUCAACUCAAGGUGACCAACAACAUCAAAACGGUUCAACAACAACAGCUCAAGAUCAUCAUCAUCAUCAAACAAGAUCAGGACGAAACUCAGACACAAGCCUGUUAGCCAGUGGUCAUCCAGGUAAAAGUCGUCGUCCAUCAGGUGGAGUUUUCUCAAUCCAUGGUGAUUCUGAACUGGCCAAGGGUCUAAUUGCUUAAGGAGAACGAUUAAUCUUGUAUAAUAUUAAGAUAAUAAAGACGACGAAAUUAAAUUCUCAAAUACGAUUUUCACAAGUAAUCAUCAUGAUAAUCAUCUGGGGAUUGAGAAAAACUCUCUCUCUCUCUUUCUCCCUCAGUUCAUUCUCAUCAUAAAUGUAUGAAAGAUUAAUCUUCAGUAAUCAAAGAAAGAGAGCAAAUAAUUGUACCAUGGACCAAAAAUGUACCAUCAACAUUGAAUUAAAUGAUUCUGACCAUAAUAUUGGUGAAAAGAAAAACUGACCAAAUGAAUUUCCAUGAUAACUUCCAAUUAGCCAAUUCUCCCCAAUCAUCAUAAUUACAUCCUCAUCUUUCACAGCCAAAUAAAAAUGAAAUCAAGGUCCAGUUACACUGAGGAAAAACAACUCAUGAGGUGCCCAUCUAUUAAUCCUCUCUAAUCCACAUCAUCACCCACCUCAACUUCAUCCGUUGAUUACAUGAGAUUAUUAUAUACAUUAAUCAUUGUAAAUAAAAAUUCAUCUCUCUCAAUCUAAUUAUUUCUUCACCUUCGCUCAAAGAUAAUUUUACCGAUCAUGUUACCAAAAAAAAAAAAUAAAA